AUGGCUGCCCCGACUUCUGCUGCCGCCGCUGUGGCGGAGCUAGAAGCCGCCCUCGAACCCAUGCAGAAUUAUAAGGCGCCUGGUGUCACCGGAAAUCGCAUUGCUACCAUAACUACAAUCUGUGUCGACAACAUCAAGAAUGAGUCGGUCCUCAUCCAGAAGUUGUAUACCACGUUCAAGAAGUUUUCUGCCCCAUACAAGCUUGGAGUCCUCUAUGUGAUAGACUCUGUGAUGCGCAAGUGGCUUGACAGAGCUAAACUGCACGGCCAACCCGUUGAUGGUUCUGCCGAUGAUGGAAGCUUUGGCGCUGGUUGUCACCGAAUCACUGGCCUCAUGCACACCCUCAUCAGUGACCUGGUACAGUUGCGCCUUGAAGGCCAAAAGGAGAAAUUGCUUAAGUUGCUCGAGAUAUGGCGUAGAGUCCAAACUUUCUCUCCUGACGUCCUCGAGGAUUUCCACCAGAAGAUUGAAUCUUCGCCUGACCCGAUUCAGUCCUACACGCCUGAGGGUAGUCCCCCACCAGGCUUGGUCGAGGCCAUGGGCUACAGAUCCAAUCCAGUGGCUGCCCCCUCUGCUCAAGCCCCGGCUGCUGAUGCUAACAGCAUCAUCGCCAAUCUGGCCAAGCUUACUCAGUCCGUCCAGAGCCAGAAUGAUCCUCAGACACAGGGCUACAUUCAGCCGCAGCAUGGCGCGCAGAGUCAGAAUAACGGACAUGGCCAGAACUUCGACCAGGGUCACAAUUACAACCAGGGCCAGGGCAAUAACCACACUCAAGCUGCUUACAGCCAGCCUCAACGCAACGUACAGUCUCCCGUCCCAACUCAGACUCAGACCCCGGCAGUGCCCCAGAACUUGCAAGACUUGCUCUCUAGACUCCAAAGUUCCACGCCUCAUCAGCAGCAGCAGCCGCCGCCUCCUAUGCCUCCCGUCAACCAGCUCCAUCAAGCUCCGUACUCCGUUCCUCCUUUCCCUGGUGGAACCCCUAACCCAGCGGCUCCGUACGCAUAUACUCAAGGCCAAAACCAGGCUCCUCCUGUCGGACAGCCGUUCCCGGGAGCUGUGCCUCAGCUUCCACAGGUCAAUGCCCAACAGAUGGCUUUGAUCCAGAUGUUUGCCAAUUCAGGGCUUACCGCGGAUCAAAUUACUGCCGCGCUUGCGGCCGUGAGCAACCAGAAUGGCGCUGCUUUUGCGGGACUCACUGCCCCCACGCCCUCGACCACAUCUGCCCAAGCCCCCAUCGCGUCUCAGAGCUACUAUACCAACGGUCAGGGAUGGGGCGGUCCCGUUCAGCCCAGCGGCAACAGUGAACAAUCUCGCUACAACGAUGGCGUUCGAUCCCCUAACAGAUAUCAAGGCCGGUCCCGGUCCAGAUCGCCCGGUCGCCGCUGGAACUCUGGCGGCUCUUCUCGCGGUCGUGACAAUGGCUUCGACCAUGGACGUCGCUCCCCCGAUCGAGACCGUCGUAAUAGUAGAGAGGGCCGAUAUGGCAGCGACUACCGUCAGCGUAGCCCGCAUGGGAGCCACAGUGCUGCUCGCGGUGGCCAUGGUGACUCUCGCCGCGGCUCGGACGACAAGUGGGUCGACUAUGAUCGUAAUCUGAAGUCCGGCCACAUCAAGGUUCUGAGCCGCACGCUGUUCGUCGGCGGUGUCAACCAAUCUGAGCACGAGCUUCGAGCUAUUUUCAGUCGAUUUGGUCAGGUCCAGACUUGCAUCGUGAACAAGGACAAGCGACAUGCUUUCGUCAAGAUGGUCUCCCGGGAGGAUGCUGUCCAUGCCAAGGAUGGUAUGGAGAUGCGUGCCAAUGGAAACAUGCCCCAGAAUGAUGAUGAGGCGCAGCUGAGAACCCGCUGGGGCGUUGGUUUUGGUCCGCGCGACUGCAGUGACUACCGUACUGGCGUUAGCGUCAUCCCCAUCAACAAGCUGACCGAGGCUGACCGCAAGUGGAUGUUGACUGCCGAGUAUGGAGGUAGUGGCGGUCGGCCCAUCGAGGAGGGCAUGGUCGUUGAGGAGCCCGAUAUCGAGAUUGGCAACGGUGUUUCCUCCAAGGCCAUUAGCCGCCGCAUGCAGACGGACAAGAGCGGUAACCAUGGACCUCGUUCCACUCGUGGCGGUGGACGUGACGACAGCCGCGAGGACCUCGGUCGCUGGCGCCGUAGCCGUGACCGUGAUCACCGCCGCGACGACAAGAAGUUCUCUUCCGCCAAUUCCCAGCCGCUUCCGCAGCAGUUCCCCUACGGUAUCGGCACCUUGCCCAACGGCAUGCCGGCGUACCCUCCCGGCUUCGCAUUCCCGGCCGCCAAGGAUAACUAA